UAGAUAAAAAGAGGCGUGGGGAUUUAAUGGGGGUCAGCAGUUGCUUGUGCUUUCUAAUGAAAUCUUGAACUAGGCUAUCUGAUGCACAGUCCAAAGGUCUUCUCGAGUAGAUAUGUGUAGGGUUUAUUACACGCGUAACAGCAACGUGCGCUGAUAACCAAAUUUUAAGAACCCAAAUUUAAGCUCUACACCAUAAACCGUAAAGUAAACCUGCUGCGCUUUUAACUGUUUAUAAAAAUGUUAUCUAAUAGAACCGUGAGCGUUUUGAAAUGGGGAAGAUGUGAGGCUUACACCGCGGUGUACCCCAAGGUUCCAGACAGGGUCCUGAACUUUUAUCCGCUGCCUUCCCUUUCUUCUCCCCAUAGGAAUCUUUCUUUAUUCCCGGCGGCCCAAAGAGAACAUCUACACCAGAAGAUGUCCGAAAACGGAGCGUUACCCCGUGGGGGGAAAGUGCUUACCGUUGACACCAUGAACGCCAACGUGAAGAAGGUUGACUACGCGGUCCGGGGUCCGAUCGUUCAGCGCGCGGUGCAGAUCGAGAAAGAGCUAAAAGAGGGGGUCAAGAAACCUUUUGAAGAGGUCAUUAAAGCAAACAUCGGAGAUGCUCACGCUAUGGGACAACGGCCAAUCACCUUUUUUCGACAGGUGAUGGCGUUGUGUACUUAUCCACAACUACUUGAUGACAACAAGUUUCCAGAAGAUGCCAAAAAUCGAGCGAGGCGUAUUUUGCAAUCAUGUGGAGGAAACAGCAUCGGUGCGUACACUACCAGUCAGGGCAUUGAAUGUGUGAGGCACGAUGUUGCAAACUACAUACAGCGUCGUGAUGGUGGUAUUCCGUCUGAUCCUGAUAACAUCUACCUCACGACAGGAGCCAGUGACGGCAUUGUGACCAUACUGAAGCUGUUGACCGCUGGGGAAGGUCGUACACGUACAGGGGUCAUGAUCUCUAUUCCUCAGUACCCUCUUUACUCCGCAUCUAUAGCAGAGCUGGGUGCUGUUCAGGUCAAUUACUACUUGAAUGAGGAGAAGUGCUGGAGUCUAGACAUUAGUGAGCUACAGCGCUCUCUACAGGCAGCCAGGGAGCAUUGCAACCCCCGUGUACUGUGCAUCAUCAACCCCGGCAACCCCACUGGUCAGGUACAAAGCAGACAAUGUAUUGAAGAUGUAAUCCAAUUUGCAGCCAAAGAAAACCUCUUCCUAAUGGCUGAUGAAGUGUAUCAGGAUAAUGUGUAUGCAGAGGGCUGUGAGUUUCACUCCUUCAAGAAAGUGCUGUUUGAGAUGGGUCCAGAGUAUUCAAGCAAAGUAGAACUGGUAUCAUUCCACUCCACCUCGAAGUGCUACAUGGGAGAAUGUGGUUUUCGAGGAGGAUACAUGGAGGUCAUCAACAUGGACCCAGAGGUGAAGGCUCAGCUCACCAAGCUGGUAUCAGUGCGUUUGUGCCCGCCUGCACCUGGACAAGCCCUCAUGGAUCUGGUUGUCAACUCCCCUAAGCCUGGAGAACCCUCCUACCAAACCUUCAUGAUGGAACGAACAGCCAUUCUGAGUGCCUUGGCUGAAAAAGCCAAACUGACGGAGGAGAUUCUGAAUACAGUGCCAGGCAUCAGAUGUAACCCUGUGCAGGGAGCCAUGUACUCUUUCCCCUGCAUCACUCUACCCGAACGCGCCAUCAACGAAGCCAAGGCGAAGGGUCAGGCUCCAGACAUGUUCUACUGCAUGAAACUUCUGGAGGAGACUGGGAUCUGUCUCGUUCCUGGCAGUGGUUUUGGUCAACGAGAAGGCACUUAUCACUUCAGGAUGACCAUCCUUCCUCCAACAGACAAGCUCAAGAUUUUGCUCAACAAACUGAAGGAAUUCCAUCAGAAAUUCACCCAGCAGUACUCUUGACCCUGUUCAGCUUGACCACUUACAGCCUUCUACUACAACUUACUGACUAAAAGUGCUGAAAUGCAUUUUUCACAUCUUAAUGUUUGGUCAGAAUGUGGCCAAAUAAUCACUUGAGCCUUGAUGGACACUAAUCUGCACAUUUACCACUGGAUAAUUUUAUGCCUUGUAGUUAAAGAUGAAUUAAUAUACUUUAAAACUAUCAUUAUGGACUUGACAGUACUAUUUUUACAUCCAACGGGUAGACAAAGCGAGACUUGAUUACUCAUUUCACAAGAUUUUAACAAAAUGAUGACAUUUUUUGAAAACAGUCCUGAACAAUUCCUGAACGUCCAGAUCUUCAUGAUGUGUGUAUGAUGUCUAAUGUAUGUUAGUGUGGUGCAUGAAUAGUAAAAUGAAAAUAAUGGGCAUUGACCUGAUUUUGAACUUUUCCCUUCAGUGCUUUGUGGUUGUUGUAAUUCUAAAUGCAUUCAUGAAUCAAUGCAUGCUACAACAUUGCUGUAUAUGUAAAUAACAGAUUGAUUAUAUAGCAGAUAUAAUACAAUAUAGAUUAAUA